AUGGAGGAUGUUGAGGGAGCGGCGGCGGUGGCCGUGGAGGGAGCGGCGGUGGCCGUGGAGGGAACGGGUGGGAUGUCGGCGGAUGUUGUGUACGUGCGAGGGGAGGGUGCCGAUGUGGAGAAUGUCGGCGUGGAGGAGGCGCACGUGGUCGGCAAUGUGGUUGGCGACGCGAAGGAGGAGGAUAACGCCGCGGCCCCGACGCCGACGGGCGUGGAGACCACCACAGGGAACGCAGGGGUGGAACGCCGGGGUGGAGCGGUAGAGGCGGGCCGUCAACCGGGUUCCCCAACAGCUGGUCGGCAGGCAACGCCGGCCGUCGUCGCGCAACUGCGACAGGAGAACAGGUUUGCGAUGGGGAUUGGCCGCCUCGUGGACAAGCUCAGGUCGUUGGCCGACCAGGUCGCCGCCUCAGACCAGGACGCGUCGAGUUGGCUGAUGGACGCGUCCUUGACCAUGGCGACGACCGUGACGGAGAACAUCACCGCCAACAUGGGUGAAGCAUGGGAUGCGAUGAAGGCGUACGCCGAGAGGGCGGAGUGCUGGUUGGACGAUCUAGAGAAUCCGGAGGGGUUUAUGGCAGUGCAACGUGCGAACGCGGUCGUCGCCAUGGGCAACCACGUGGACGAAGCGAGGAAGGGAUUGGAGGAAUACAUAUCGAAGCACCUAGUCACCGCGCAGACCAACAUCGCCGCCGCGGUAACUCAACGCGUCGCCGUCCCGCCGCCCACGCCGCCCGCCCCACCGCCAGCCUUCCCGGACGAGCUCAUGAAGUCUUUCAAGGCGGACGUGUUGAAGGCGGUGAUUGAGGCCACCCAGCAGUCGUUUGUUGUGUCCGGGUUAAACCUCAUGACCCAGGUGAUCGGCCAUCUGGCGCCUGGUCGGCAUGGGUCGUCGCCGUCGGCCAAUGAGGCCGACAAAAAGGGUGCGAAAAGGGCGGGCGACGGAGAUGAUGCGUUGAGCUCGAAGCGAAGCAAGGGAGCCGAUGGGAGCCGCGGCGUCGGCCAGGUGGGUCGAGGCGGCUCGCGGAGCAAGGGAGCCGACGGGAGCGGAGGUACGAGUGUGGUCGACCAGCUCAAGAAGAACGGGGCCAAGGUGAUAAGGACGCACAGCAAGGGCGAUGGAAUCAGGAGUGCGGAGGGGGGCCCUGCCGACCAGGUUGCCGCUCAAGAGGCUGGACCAACAGCCCCGCCAUUGGUCGCCGAGAAGCCGGCCAGUCUAGCGACCGCACCAACGGCGAUAGAUGGCGGCGCCAAAACCGUCAAGGGACCGUCCGGCGGAGUGGCGGGGACCACGUCGAUCCCCCGCAACCCCCCUGCGGCUAGCAGCGCGCCGAUCGCCCCGUCAGCCGCCAACAACGAUGGAACGUCCCUUGCGGCUUCUCCAGCACCAGCAGGCACGUCUGCCGCCAAGGUUGACGCGGUGGAUGCUGCGGCUAACCGCGCUGGUCCGUCCGCCCCAAAGGCGAACGCGCUCAGGGAAAUGCUCAGCCGCAUGGAGACCCAUCGACAGGACGUGCAGCAGCCUCCCGUGGUCGGUACCGCGCCGGCCACAACAGCACGUCGCUCGGUCACUCCCCAGGUUGCCGCCACAACGUCCAGUGCCCCACCUACCGCGCCUAUCAUCGCCGCCCGUCCUCCUGUGGACCCAAAGUCCGAGUUGCUUCGCGCCCGGUUAGGCGCACGUACUGCGGCAGCGCCCGCACGGGCUCAGCCGGUAUCCAGCUCAUGCGCGACACUGACGUCGGUGACCGUAGCUGCACACACACUCGGUGCGGCUACUGUCGAGGCGGUGGCGGAGAAGGGCGUGAGUGCAGCGCUAGCCACGGGCGGCAGAUCAGUUGACCCUGCACAGGCGGCGAAGGACCACAACGACGCCGAUAUCGCUGCCAUCCAGGACCUGUUGGAAGCCGUAAACCGCCCCAAGAAGCCCCCUGUGCUGGCCAUCUUGGACUCGGCGAGUCCCACCGGUUGUACAGCGGAGCCAAAGACGACCACUGCUGCGGUCGGCGCGGGAAAGUCGAAACGGAAGGGGACGGCCGACGCAGGGAAAGCGAGGCCGAGCUCGAAGAAGAAAACACGGGCGACGUCGGCGAUGGUGAAGUCGGUGGAGAAAGGACAGGGGAUGGCGACGGCGAUGGUGAAGGAGAAGGCGGCGGAGAAAGGGAAGGAGAAGGAGAAGGAGAUGGAGGAGAACAAGGAGAAGGAGAAGGAGGAGAAGGAGAAGGAGGAGAAGGAGGAGGAGGAGGAGAAGGAGGAGGAGGAGGAGGAGGAGGAGGAGGAGGAGGAGGAGGAGGAGGAGGAGGAGGAGGAGGAGGAGGAGGAGAAGGAGGAGAAGGUGGAGGAGGUGGAGGUGGAGAAGGAGAAGGCGGCGACGGAGGAGGAGAAGGUGAAGGUGAAAGAACGGAAGGGUCAUGGCAUCCGCCACGACACCACGAGCGACAAGCAAGGGUGGGUGGGCGAGAUUAAGGUGGUCGGGAACGAGAGCAGGUACAUCGGCAAGUCCCGCGAGAAGAUGGAGCUGGCGUACCUUCACUCGAUUGUGUACCUCCUGUACGAUGGUUACGUCAGCAAGAUCCUCAUGGCCGAGCUCACCGGCUUGGAGGAAACAGUGAUGAAGUAG